UUGCUCGAUAAGUUAGUGGAGAUGUGUUGUUGUGGGAAGAGAGUUAUUUUGAAUUUUUGACAAUGAAGUUCAGAGCAGUUGAAUGAGACAUUUCAUUUUACGUGUGGAGUUUCUCGUUCCUGAUUGCUGCAAGAGCUCAUAAAAAUGACUGAUAAGGAAUAUGCAGGUCUUUCGAAGGAGGAGAUUGCUCGACAGUUUAUGCUUCCGGAAAGAAAAUCAAAAAUAGCGACACUUCUGAAGCAAGAUGGACAAGCCUACUGCAUCUGCAGGUCCUCUGAUUCUUCAAGAUUCAUGAUAGCAUGUGAUAAUUGUGAAGAAUGGUACCAUGGUGACUGCAUACGAAUCAGUGAAAAAGAAGCAAAGUAUAUCAAACAGUUCUUCUGUGUGAGAUGUCGGGAAGAGGAUCCUACAUUAGUUACUAAAUACAAGCCUAGAAAACGAGAGGGUGAACAUUCAUCUUCAAAUGCUAUUGAUCGUCAGUCGAGAGACAGAAAACGGAAAGAAAAAGUUGGGUCUGCCGAUGAGAAAACCAGGAUGUCAAAGCGAUGUGGACGUUGCAAAGGCUGUUACCGAACAGAAGACUGUGGACACUGUGACGGUUGUCGUAAUACGGAUGGUAUAAGGCACGGACGACAGAUACCGCGCUGCUACAACAGACUCUGUAUAGGCGUCCACCGUUCUGCAACAGCGUCGAGACGUCGUGUACGUACUCGCGACUCCAGUUCAGAUGGUGGAGGAGCUAUGCCUCCUACAGUUUUUGAGCACGGUGGCAUUGUGCGUCAGUGUUAUGGCCCAAGCUGUACACAGCCUGCAAGACCCUCCAGCAAAUACUGCAGUGAUGCUUGUGGCCUGAAGCUUGCUGCAAAUCGCAUAUAUCAGGUCUUGCCGCAACGUAUCCAGGAAUGGUCCCUUUCACCUUGUGUUGCAGAAGAAAACAAUAAAAGACAAUUAGAAAGUGUACGGAGACAACAGUUGGAAGUACGUGCUAUUCUUCAUGAUCUUGAUAAACGGCAUAAGGAACUGGAUGCUAUGAUAGAUCGAGCAGCUGCUGCUGUAGCUGACCAACUGAAAGAGGAAGCAGAGGAUGAAUGUGAAGCUAGCAUGUACUGCAUCACAUGUGGUCACGAGAUACAUUCACGAACUGCCAUCAAGCAUAUGGAGAAGUGCUUCAACAAGUACGAAAGUCAGUCUUCAUUUGGAUCUAUAUACAAAACUCGUAUUGAGGGUAACAAUAUGUUCUGUGACUAUUAUAAUCCAGCAACCAGGACAUAUUGCAAGAGACUGAAGGUACUCUGCCCAGAACAUUCAAAAGAACCAAAGAUUUCUGAUACUGAGGUAUGUGGCUGUCCUCUGGUGGUAAAUGUAUUUGAACCUACAGGUGAAUUUUGUCGUGCACCAAAAAAGAGCUGUGUGAAACACUAUCAUUGGGAAAGAUUGCGGAGAGCUGAAAUUGAUAUGGAGAGAGUUAGACAGUGGCUGAAGAUAGAUGAGCUGAUAGAACAAGAGCGUCAAAUACGCCACAUGAUGGCGAGCAGGGCAGGUGUUCUUGGUCUGAUGCUGCAUUACUACAAUCACGACCUCAUGGAGCAGAUGACGUCAAAUCAAGACCGGACAGCAGUAAUAUUGACCGAGAGAAGCAAUGUUACCAACUACAAUAUCACAGUAUUGAUGCUGUGUUACAUUUAA